CCGUGGGGUGGGGUGCACAGAGCAUCAGCGGGAUGGAGAAGAGCAGCUACCCCAUGGCCAAGUUUGGUCUGGAGGCCAAGGAAGCAAUGCCCAAGCGAGAUUGUGGGUUUUAUGUGAAGUACAUCUUCCUCUUCACCUCUCUCAUUCAGUUCCUCAUCAUCCUGGGGCUGGUGCUGUUCAUGGUGUACGGCAACGCGCAGGCGGGCACCGACACGCACCUCCGGCUGCUGGAGCAGCAGCUGCAGGAUCGCUACAACAAGAUCAUCACCCUCAGCGGGAGGAACCUGAACCUGACGCGCACCCUCAACGCCACCCUCAAGGAGAAGCAAGGGCUGCAGGUCCUCACCCAGAAGGUGCAACGGGACCUGGAUAAGUGCAAUAGCACCCAGGCACCCAACUCCAUCAAUACGGAGAUUAUGAAGAUGAUCAUCUUCCUCCAGAAAACAAAGCUGGAUGAGUGUCAAAUGAACCGUAGCCGCAUCGACGCCAACUGUAGCGCCGAGAGGGUGCUGCUGCAACACCAGUUGGACCAGAAAACCCUGGCCAAGAAGGAGGUGGAGGAAAAAUGCCGCCAAGUGGAUGCCAUGCUGACCAAAGCCACCCAGGAGCAGGAGAACUGCCAGUGGGAACUGCUGACCACCAAGGCCAUCUACAAGCCCACCAAAAGCAACCUGGAGCUGCUGAAGCGGGAAUGCAGUUCCUUGAAGUCUGACAUGAACUACAUCUUCCAGCGCAUCAAGGACAUGGUCAGCCCGUACAGCUGCAGCGCCGUCCACGAGCAGAUCAGCCGGCUGACGCAGCGAACAGAGGAGCUUUUCCUCCGGCAGCAGGAAUGGGAGACCAACUACAUGGAGAAAAGCUUCUGUGACAUGAAUCUGGUCCAGUGUCACACCAACUGCUCCAAAGAGAAGCAGGAGUUGGACAAGCAGCUGCAGAAAGUUGAGGCACAGCUCAAGGGUGGCCAAGAGGAGAAGAAGAAGCUGCUGGCGGAGAAGGAGCAGCUCCGCAAGGAGCUGGAGGAGAAAAGCAGAGCCGCUGCGCAGGCUGUGUACUUCAAGGAGCAGCUGAAUAUCUGCAUGGGCUCGAAGAUAGACACCUUCUUCGACAUCACAGGCUCGCGGGUGCCGGGGAGCAGCGGGCGACUGGGACCCUUCACCAGCACGGGCUCCUACAUGGAUGCUCUGAGGAACCAGCGCAUCUUUGGGAACAUGGGCAAAAUCAACAUGGAGGAGAUCCAGCGGAUGGCACAGAAGAUCACGGAGCAGUUUGCGUCCGCCCUGAAGGACCCCAGUAGCUAACAGCUGAGCAGUGCACGGAAAAUGGCGGCGAGGGGCUCAAGAACAAGCCCGGGAGGUGCUUCCCAUGGCACGGAUGGCAAACCCUGACUGGGAGUGAACAGCCAGCACCACCACUGUCCUCCCCCUGCCCCGGGUGGGGGGCUGCCAGCACCGCGGGAGCCAGGACCACCCCACCCCCCCCUCCCCGAGUCCCUGCACUCAUCCCCUCCCGCAUGCUCACCUCCCCUAUGCAUGUACCUAUACACUUGGAGACGGGGCGGUUGGCAGCUGUAAAUACAUCCAGCUCUGAGCACCAACACA